UGAUCCAGCAUGAGCUGCAUUUUAUUUAGUGUAACCAGCCGUUUGUUAAGCUCAUCGGUCACAGUCAGGACACUGCUUCAGAAUGGCAAAGAAAGUGUUGAUCGUGUACGCUCAUCAGAGCUCUGCUUCAUUCAGUGCUGCAGCUAAAACUGCUGCUGUGGAGGUCUUGACUGCUCAGGGCUGCACAGUAGAGGUAUCUGACCUGUAUGACAUGAAUUUUAAAGCCACUGCUACUGCAGAGGACAUCAAAGGAGAUGUGAAGAAUGCUGAAAACUUCAGUUAUCUGGAGGAGACCAGACUGGCAUUUGAGGAAGGGAAGCUGUCAGAUGACAUCACUAAGGAGCAAUCUAAACUGACAGAGGCAGACCUUAUUAUCUUCCAGUUCCCCAUGUACUGGUUCAGUGUUCCUGCAAUCAUGAAGGGCUGGAUUGAUCGUGUGCUCACAAGCGGCUUUGCUUUUUCAAAAGAGAAGCGUUACAGCCAGGGAGUGUUCAAGGACAAGAAGGCCAUGUUGUCCUUCACCACUGGGUCUCUUGAAUCCAUGUUCAGCUCAACUGGGAUUAAUGGAGACAUGAACGUCACACUCUGGCCACUACAGAAUGGGAUCCUGCACUACUGUGGCUUCCAGGUUGUGGCCCCUCAGGUCUUCUGGGCUCCUUCUUGUGCUACUCCUGAAGCCCGCAGCUGCAUGCUGGAGGGCUGGCGCACACGGCUGCAAGGUCUCCUGGAGGAGAAGCCUCUUUCCUUCAUUUCCUUGGACUGCUUUGAUGACAAGGCUUUCCAGCUGAAGCCUGAUGUGCACAAGGAGCAUGACGGCAAGGAGUUUGGGCUGACGGUGGGCAUCCACCUAGGCAAACCACUCCCACCCCACAGCCAGAUGAAAGCAGGGUGCUGAAGACAUUACUGAUGUGUUUAAAUAAAAGCUGGUUCACUCUGAAUUUGUUUAGUCCCUGGACUUAA